AUGGCCGCUAGAUCCCGUCUGCCCCUCAUUGCUGGCCUCGGUGCCGCCACCUUUGGUGGUUACUACAUGUACAGAGCUGGUGGCAGCCCCAAGGUCGCUGAGAAGGAGAUGGANGUAUCAACAAAGGAUGAGCUUCCUGGCCGUGCCAAGGAGUUCAAGACCGAGGCAAAGGUCUACGGCGAGCAGAUUGGUCAGAAGAUUGACGGUGCCGUCAAGGACGCCCGCGACAAGACGCGCGAGUUGGACGCAAAGUUCGAGUCGUACCGCGCUGACGCAGAGAAGAACAUCGACCAGUACAGAAAGGAGGCCAACAAGGAAUUUAACAGCGCCGUUGACACCUUUGACAAGAAGGUCGGUGAUGCUGCUGCCAACGCAAAGGCCACCGUCGAGGCCAAUGCAGAAAAGGCAAAGAGCGGCUUCUCCAGCUGGUUCGGCGGCAAGUAA